AUGGUCUUGCGUUAUGGAGAACUCGGGAUGAGCUACCUCUUCCAUGGCAAUUUGGUUUUCAUGUCGGCGGCCUCGACGUUAGCGACUUCAUUGAGCUGUAUCGACACCCAGUCCGUCCGUAGUGGAGUCCUGUGGUCGGCAGCCUGGCGACCGGCCCAUCCCGGAGCACCUCUGUUGGCUGUGUGUGGACAAAGGCCCGAUAUACUGCUGUAUACUAUACAGUAUCCUGAGGGAGAGGACGCUGCUACUCCCAAGCUGACGCUGGUGAAGACUAUCACCACCAACCACACUCGGACGCUACGGCGAGUUAAUUGGCUCCAAGACGGGAAGACGUUGGUGGUGGCAUGCUUCGAUGCUUCAGUCUCACUAUGGGCCGUAGAAGGUUCCAAUCCAGACGAGUUGUUGGUCCGUCACAAGGCUACCAUACAGGGCCACGAGAAUGAAGUGAAGAAUGCAUGCUUCAGUCCUAGUGGCAAGUACCUAGCCACGUGUAGCCGCGACAAGACCAUAUGGGUGUGGGAGGAGUGUGAUGUCCUGCCCGACCGUCAAGUUGAUGACGACUAUGAGGAUACUCCCUUGGGAGGGGCUGAGAUCGACUUCGAGUGUGUUGGCAUACUACAGGCCCACAGCCAGGAUGUUAAGUCUGUGGCUUGGCAUCCCUGGGUUGACAAUGUUCUCUUUAGUGCUAGCUACGAUGAUACGAUACGAGUGUGGUCUCGCCCGGCUGAGGGUGGCGGUGGUGACGAUGAUUGGCAUUGCAUUCAGACUUUGAAGGGGAAUGAAACGACAGUGUGGAACAUAUCAUUAAUCGAUGCGGGUUCGCAACCGCUGAUGCUAUCAGUGGCUGGUGAUGGUGCGAUAAAGGCCUGGUUACAGCAACCCAAUCAGGAUGCCUCAAUACAGCUGCCACAGGGUCCAUUGGGUCUAGCCAAUUGGUACACAGCCCAAACCUUCACUGGGUAUUCCAAGAGUGAAGCCGUGAGGGUGGAGGCGGAUCUCCCUACGUGGGAAUGCGUUGAUACCGUCAGAGUGGGCAACGGGUUGCCAGUAUACGAUGUGGAUACUGUCUUAGACCCCUCGGAUGGUACCAUCAUCGCUGCAACAGCUGGCGGCGAUAACUCGGUACGGAUAUUCGCCUACACCUUGUCGAGCACUGGUGGAAGGAUGUCGGCUCGGCACGAGGAGCUGGCCAACUCUGCCAAGCUCAUGGGACGGGGGCAAACACAUACUAGUGAUGUUAACAGCGUCGCCUUCCUCCCCGAUAGACAAGCGGAUGGUGCCUGGUUGCUGGCUAGUGCUAGCGAUGAUGAGAGCGUUAAGUUAUGGAAGGUCACCCGUCCUCAAGAUUCGUUCUGAGCCUUCAAGAUACUGCAAAAGGCAUAUCAGCUAUAUCGCCGUACCAUUUUCGUAACACUUUAA